UUUUCAUGUAACACAAACAGCGCUACACGUGAGUCGGAGUUUAAGCGGAGACCGCCGGUGGAUUUGACCACAUCGUUGAUGAUAUUCAUAUCAUAACUCACUGAUCCUGCAACACAAUGAAGCAUCCAGACCCAAUACCAAGUGAAGCGAGCAUCUUCCUGGAAGUGUCUUGGGACAACGGAGCUGCGAGACUUCCGCUCCAUUCGUCCAUCACCCUCUUUCUGCUGUCCUACACAGAGUGCACGUCCUUCCAUGUCUACCUGGUCUCAGAUCAUGCUGACAGCUUACAGGCCCUGUCAAACAUGGUCCCAAAGAGCCUGGAUGUGUCUGAGGUGAAGAGAGGAGAAGUGCCGGCCCUGGUUGGAGCGUGCCGUCUCCCUGCCGUGCUGGAUGCUGGUGGGGGCUUCUGUAGGGCGGGCCUAGCAGUGGUGCUGAGGCACAUCAUUCAGAGGACCUGCCAGCUCGAGCCCGGCCGCACAGAUGUGGCUUCACUGCUGGGCUUCAAGAACACCUGCCUGAAGGCUUGUGCUGAGGUAAGCCAGUGGACCAGGCUGUGUGAGCUGGGCAUCCCCUCUGCAGUGGAGGAGCAUUUGCGUAGUCCCACGGAGAAGCACCUCCAGCUGCCUGCUGCCAUCCUCCACCUGGAGCAGCGGCUGGGAGAGCCCGUCAGGGUCCACAACGACGACAAGAUCCGCCGGCAGAAACUACAGCAGCAGAAGAACAAAAGCUCUGCUCAGUCUGAGGAUCCCAACCCAGACAAAAGAGAGAAAACCUUCCCCUCAGAGCCUGAGACACAGGGUCCCAGUGCAGAGGCCCAUUCAGCAGAGCCCUAUCGAGGAGUUGAGCUGAGUGCUGCUCUUGCCAAACUCAGUGUAGAUGCAGCUCCACUGUCAUCCGCCAGGGAGCGCUCUGACAUCAGGAAAGUGAAGACCACGGAGCUGCCGGAGCUGGAGCAUGUCUUUGCGGAGGGGCUUUACUUCACCCUCACUGAUGUGGUUCUGCUGCCCUGCAUCCAUCAGUACCUGUCCUCUCUGCAGCAGCAUGCUCCUCAUGCUCUGACCUUUCUGCCUCUGCUCCUGCGCUGGUUCCAGCGGGUGCAGGAGCUCCCUGGGGUCUGCCGUGCCGCUGAGGAUUGUGGGAUGGCUCUGUUCAGCCCUCAGGUGUCUGGGUCCUGCUCCCACCAACCCAAAUCUCCCCAAACCAGUGAAGCGGAGCAGGAAAAGUCCAGACCCUCGCAAGAGCAUUUUGUAGGAGGCCCUAGACCAACACUUUCCAAACUCCAGGAAAAUGGCAUUGAGGCCGUCUUCUCCCCGCACCCCUGCCCUUCGUGGACCCUCCACUGGGAGAGCCUCCCUGCUGCUGUCAACCCCACUGAAGGCAAGAUGUCAGACACUCGUGCUGUGCGCAAGCGACAGCAGCUGAACAACCUGGUCGCCAUGGUGACAGAGCUAGCCCGCCCGGGCAACACAAUAGUGGACUUCUGCAGUGGCGGGGGCCACGUUGGGAUUGUUUUGGCGCACACACUUCCUGAGUGUCAGGUCAUCCUUAUCGAAAACAAAGAAGAGUCUCUGGUGAGAGCGAAAGAUAGAAGUUCACAACUGGGGCUUAAAAACAUCGGCUUCAUCCAGGCCAACCUCGACUACUUCACAGGAGCUUUCCAAAUAGGGGUGGCGCUGCAUGCGUGUGGCGUGGCGACGGACAUGGUGCUGGAUCGCUGCGUGCAGGCCAGGGCGGGAUUUGUGAUCAGUCCAUGCUGCUACGGCUUUAUCCAGAACACACUCAAGUUCAGCUUCCCCAGGAGUAAGAAAUUUGCAGAGACGUUGACGUAUAAGGAGCACAUGAUCUUGUGCAGGUUUGCUGACCAGACAGCUGUCCAGCUUCCUCCUGAGCGGCGCUUAAUUGGGAAACGCUGUAUGGGCCUGGUGGACUUGGAUCGCGGCUGGGCUGCAGAGACUCACGGGUACUCUGUGCGGGUGAUGACCAUGGAGCCAGAAAGCUGCUCUCCGAAGAACAACAUGCUAGUCGGGGUCCCUGCUGAUAAUGGCAAAAUUCAGCUAUAAAACAGGGCCUAGACUGUAGCCUUGAGGAACGCCACACGACCAAGAACCUUCAGGGAUGUCGAUAGAUUAUGAGGACUCACUGACUGUUUGUCGUAGCAAGAGAUAAUGAUGAAAGUUCAGUCUUUUGCAUUUUUAAGAAACGUUUUUCAUUCAUUUCAUUUCAUUUUUUUAGUUGUUAAUUUUUUUCCUGGGUAUUUUUCUAAGGAUGUCUCCUAUAUAUUUGCGGUCAAGACCGCUUUCAUAUGAACUUCAUAUCUAUGAAUUUCAUGAAUUUUAAGUAGAUAUUUUAAUGUAUAUCUUGACCCAUGGUUCAGCGCUGUGGAUGCUUUGCUUGCUUUGUGUUUAUCUGCUGAAGCAAAACCUCCAGCUUAGAAUAAGUGUGUUCAGACGCUGCAAUAAAUUAGGCAUCGCUUCAGAUGCUGUUUGCAAAUUAAGCCUAUUGGAUUCUGUAAUGCCAUCCAGCAUAUUCUUCUCUGUCAUUAUCUCCCAUUAUGAGCGAAACAAAAGAAAGUGUCUCGAAA